UCGCGUGAUCUCGCGCGUUCCACUCCCAUCGGUCGCGGCAGGAGUCCGCGACGAGCGCGAUCUCGCGGGAUGAUGCCUGCGCGCGAUGUAAGAGGGAAAGUGCGCCCGUAAGGAAGUUAGCUGAAAUUCGCCCGACAUCGAAACGCGCAACGGAAGCACGGAGCAUUUCCGAAUUCCGCGAGAGAAUCCAUGUGCUCACAGCAUGGCUAUCAUGCAGUCCUGUUGCUGUUGGCAAUCUGUACGCAGAGGCAGUUUCGCAUGUGCAAUUUACACCGGAAUGUAUUUCGUGCUGCUGGCUUUGACUACCGGUACAGUUCUGCUGGAGGAGAGCCAGUACUUGACGGGAAAUCGUUCUCUGCCGGUAUCGUCCAGCGUGUUGGAGCCGGGGACCAUAUCACCGACGACGGUUCGGUUCAACGCAAUGCUGCUUGUCUGCUCCUGCUGCGGCGUACUGUGCAGCCUCCUUCUUUUGUACGGCUUAUUCAAGGAUCAUAAAAUGUUGCUGAUUCCAUGGAUCAUUGCGGUGAUCACGUGCACCUUCGUCGACGUAGCGCAUAUUCUGUAUCUGUUUUUAGUCACCCUCAACUUCAACCCGACGACGGUUAUGCUGUACACGCUAAAUUUCUUCCUUCUCUGCUUGAACAUAUAUUCGCUGUUGUGUGUCAUUUCGCAGUACCAAGAAUAUCUAGCUGGUCGCGGCACCGCCGCGCAUGACUACGAAUAUAGGGUUCCAGUGGUGAGAUACGUGACUCAGCCUCCGACUACGACCGCUACGUCAUGUCUAAGUUCGCGAAGAGGAGCGACCAACAACGAGACAAAGGCCACGCCGACUCAAAGUCCCACAGCGUGCCACAAUCCGCUCUUAUCUGAGAGAAGUCCCACCGGGAGCCGGGUAUCGAGGAAACACGUGCAGUUCCCGGAUACAACGGCGCCGAGCCAGAUACAGAGGCCAGAAAUGCCAACAGCAGAGACUCCAACGAUAUACUCGCCGAAAAUUGAGCGCAAUAACGCAAAGGCUUGGCUGCAACCUAAUGACGCCAUAACGAUCGUAGUCAGCCAGUCCUCCCCGUCGAGCGAUGAAGGGCAGGUCCAUUAUUCUUGAAUGAACAUAUUCGACCAAGGGCGAAAAAUUGUUGAUAGUCCGAAUGUAUAUGAGUGCCGUGCUCAUCCGCGAAAGAUGCGCACGUACGUGUGUGUGUGUGUGUGU